UUCAUCACCCACUUUUCCUUUCUAUUUCUAUGAACUAAUAUUCAAAGUCCUCAACCCAACUGCCUACUUAAUACACCACCCCACCUUCCUAAACACACAAACAAACCAUGGCCAAUCAAACAGUAUCUAAUUCCAAACUAGAGCCAUGGAAUGACCUAACCGGGAAGAUAGUCAUGGUAACCGGGGCCUCAUCCGGUCUGGGCCGAAACUUCUGUCUAGACUUAGCCAAAGCCGGUUGUAGGAUCGUUGCGGCCGCUCGCCGGGUUGACCGGCUCGUGUCCCUAUGCGAUGAGAUCAAUCGGCUCGGACAACGAGGUGAGAAUAUUCGAGCGGUUGCUGUGGAACUUGAUGUCAGUGCCAAGGGUCCCAUCAUUGAAGCCUCGGUGAAAAAGGCGUGGGCUGCAUUUGGGCGUAUCGACGCCUUGAUUAAUAAUGCCGGAGUUAGAGGAAAUUUGCAUACUCCAUGGGACUUGGAUGAAGAAGAAUGGGAUAGUACCAUGAGAACGAAUUUGACCGGAACAUGGUUGGUGUCGAAAUACACGUGUAUACUUAUGCGUGAUGCGAAAGUGGGAGGGUCGAUCAUUAAUAUUUCAUCGAUAGCGGGUCUUGACCGUGGGCAGCUGCCUGGUGCCCUUGCAUAUGCUACUUCAAAGACAGGUGUUAAUACAUUGACCAAGGUGAUGGCUAUGGAAUUGGGUAUGUACAAUAUCAGGGUGAACUCGAUUAAUCCGGGGUUGUUUAGGUCUGAAAUAACCCAAGGUUUGAUGGAAAAAGAGUGGCUCGACAAUGUGGCUAAAAAGACUGUUCCUUUAAGAACAUUUGGCACGGCGGAUCCAGCCUCAACCAGACUAGUCAGGUAUCUGAUUCAUGACUCGUCUACGUACGUAAGUGGCAAUGUGUUCAUCACCGAUGCGGGUGCAACCCUGCCAGGCGUCCCGAUUUUCUCUUCGCUUUAGAUCCCAGUUGCAAUUGAAGCAACUUAUGACAGAUUUGUGGAGUAUUGAGUUAUAGUAAAUAAAAAUGAGAAAUUGUCAUUUUUAAUUCUUUAUAUUUAUUAAUUGGUGAUCAUGAAGACUCGUUCGGAUCCCAACAAUACAAUGAAUGUAACUUUACAUGAAGCAUCCUUUGUUUUGGAUUUUGUUCGCUGGCAUAAUAAGGGAUCAAAUAUUUGAAUAUACCA